AUGCCACUGCCUUCAAUGAUCUUUGGUCGGCGUCGAGAGCGAAGCGGCGCACAUAGAGUUGCUGCAACAAAGAAAGGCUUCACCGAUAGGGGUGGGCCAGCCAUGUUCGAUCUCCUCCGAUCCACCCUUACGUUCCCAGCCGAUGUGGAAGCAAAAGGCGCAAAACUUGCUUCCGAUAUUGAAUUCAUUCGCAACUCAAGCCAAGAAGACCUUGUUUUAAAUAUGGACAUCUGGUCCAUAUUUCUUUAUAUGGCGCAAUGCGUUCCGCUGGAUCAUCCAUGGCAAGAUGCUCUGCUAGUUGCCCUUACCAAGCUGCGCCUGAAAGGUGGCCCUAUCUCCAACGACACAGAGAACAACUCGGCUAUUGACAAGUACCUACCUGAGCUAUAUGGUGAUCUUACCCUUGAUGAAUGGAAGAAUUUUAACUCGUUCAUUGCUCGACUAAUGGGUAUGGGCUUCAUUAAAUUUAGGUCCUUUCCCUUUAAUUGUCUCCGCAUGGCGCUUGAAACCCCAGUAGAAGAUGAGCGGAAGAGAGACGCCACCGUCUGGAUAGCGAGCGUAUGGGUAAUCUAUUGCGGUAGUUACAUCUUCGACACCGUUCGUUAUGAUCGUCUCUCCCACCCCGAUAGUUUGGAGAUUCAUGUUGAACAGGCCCGGCGAGCGUAUCGCCUAGGCCCUCUUUGCCCUAACGUUGAGCUAAUUAGCGUAGAGCGGUGGGCUUUUUGGAAGAAAAGAUUUACUGAGCUCGCAGCUGCUAGCAGCACUGUAAAUCUUAAGGCCGAUACUACUAAAAAGAUAAGUAUAUAA